CCAGCAACUAGAUAUGGUGAUCACUUACAUCACAAACUGAAAACAUUGGACUGCUUAUCGUGUCAGAUGAAGAAGUCCCAGAUCAUGCCCCUACCACCGCAGAGUCCUGGACAUACAGCUGACAACAGUCAUGACAGUAUCAGCUGUUAAUCGAGCAGCAUUUCCAGUUUAAUUGUGCGACCGGAAGUGGGGACCGGAAGUGGAGCAUCCCCGACCGGAAGUCGCGAUGGGGCCAUGGUGGAGGGGGGCACAGGGGAUCUAGGCCUCCAGGCUGAGCCACUCGCUGUUGCUGGGGCUGUUCUACUUGUUUUUGUGCUGUCGCCCAUGAUAUUAUGCGGUAACUCGCUCAUUUUGACAGCAAUGUACCGCUACAAACGUCUGCGAACUCCAAGCAAUUACCUGAUAGCAUCCUUGGCAUCGAGUGACCUUGGCAUAGGCCUAGUUCUGCCCUUUGGACUGUACUUCGAGCUAACUGCUGAAAACACAUCAGUCAGCGCUUUCUGUUUCCUGCCCUACUGCUUGGUCAUAUCGCUGUGCUGUGCUUCGGUGAUAGUGAUGUCGGCCAUAGCCGUAGACCGAUUCACAUCACUGGCGCAACCGCUGCGCUACAACAACCUGAUCACACACACGUCGGUGGAGCGCUACAUCCUGCUGUUCUGGAUGUAUGCAGCGCUGGUCGGCUUCUCACCGCUGCUCUACUCGCAGUGCAUCCUGGGUCGUGGUGUGCCUCCACGCAGCUGUGACUUCGCCUCCUUCAUCGACCGACCUAUUCAGCUCUUUCUCUUCUGCAUGGUGUAUGGACCUAGCGCCGUUAUACUACUUGGCUGCUACUGUUACAUCUACAUAGUGGCCAGAUACCAUGCCAGAGCGAUCUACACCGUCGAGGUUUCACUGCGACAGCAGCAAGAUGGCGCUCAUACCAGAUACGGCCAGACACUGGCUAUCACUGUUGGACUAUUCAUAUUUCUAUGGACCCCGUUUCAGGCCUGCGUCCUUCUAGACCUGUUCCGUUGGACGAGCGUUUCGGCCAAGUGGAUCCGCGUCUACCUGGCACUUCCGAUCUUUGCGAGCAGCGCGGUCAACCCGUGGGUCUACGGCUACCGCAACUCAGAGCUGCGUGCGGCCGUGCAGCGCAUCCUCGAGGAACUGUUGGGCAAGAUGGGCUUCGACCAGCCGCCAUAUUGUCCAGAUGCUCGCACACACACGCACGACCACGCCGAACUGAACAGUUUUGCGUCGCACGUGAGGCUGUGUGCCGUGUCGCCCAUGAGGUGUACAGCGCUGCUCUUGCCUCCUGGUGAAAGUUCAGAGAUAACCGUGAAGGAGGUGAUCGGAGUCGACCUUGAGACGGCCUUGGACCAGCCCGACUGACAGUUGAGUCCAUCUCCGAUGACCUUGUCACCCAACACGGCCUUGAGUGCCAGGCAUUACCCAAGUAGCACUUACUCUACUAACACUUUGUCCGUCGAUCGGGUCUGAUUAUAGUUUCAUGAAUGAGAAUGAUAGAAAGAAUCCUGUGUAGUACGGUAUGCUACUUCUUCAAGCAACACUUUGUCUAUGGAUCGGGUUUGGUUGGUUCGUGAAUGAGAAUAAUUGAAGGAAACCCAAAUAGUACCAUAGAAUGAGCAUACACGAAUAACAAGUUUUGUUUGUGUACAAGUGAGUACAGAAUUUCGAACCGUCAAUGCUAUUGUAUCUUUUAUGACUAUGUGGAAACUCUUGAAUUAGCACUGGAAAAAUAUAUGAGUUUGAACAGCGAGACUUUUGCUCCUCAUAGCUUGAAGUAAAAGAACUACGUGCAUAACUGGCUUGAGCAAUCGUAAGGCACGGUGCACACCAGAGAAACGCUUAUGAAACACAGUUACAAGAUGCCACUACCAUGUGACAGUCUCUUGUAAGCAUGCACACUGAAGGAACGUUAACUCCUCAAGUUUUAAGAUGGAUUUCGAUAAAGAAGAUGAGUCACCAACGAGAGUACAAUACCAGCACCACUCAUACGGCACCAGCACCGAUCAUCGAACUAACAUAAAAUUUACUCUUCUAUAAACGUUUAAAAAUUUAUUGUCUUAUCGACAUGAAAGGUUUACAGAGCUUUUAGCGCUGAAUUUUAUUAUGAAAAAAAUUCCACGAUAUCUGUACUACAAACAGCUCUUAAUAUAUGUAGAAUUUUGAGUCAUGCAAAUGGAACCUACUGAGAUGGACUAAAUCCUGAAUGGAACAAUAGGCAUCAAGGUUAGUAGAUCAUUCUGUUAUCAUUUCAACAUCAUAUUUGAAACUCAAUAAAUAGUGUGAAAUCAAGGUUAUCAGAUCUGACCAUUAUCAUUUGUGAAGCAAGGUCAAAUAAAUAGCCUAUUCAGUUUUAGACUAGUGUAAAAUGAAAGCUAAUAGAUCAAUCUAUAACGCUAGCCUUGGUGAAGAACGAGGUAGUACCGGUUCCAAGAAAAGAAGACUAGUGGUAUAAAGUAAAAGAUUGAUUUUUCAAUCACAGGGAUAAAAUUGAAGAUUGAUUAUCCACAGGAAUAGAAUGAGGAAUAUAAAUAAUGAUUAAACCUGGAAUUCUAGUCGUAAUUAUUAUAUUAUAAUAGUUGCAUUUCAGUGUUAAUAAUGAAUAUUCUUCACUAUAUGAUAAUUAUGUGACUUCCUAUCAGAUUGGAGCUAAGAUAGAAAAAAGUCAAUUCCAGUCAAUUUUAUGAUUAACUGAUUUUCCAAACAAUAACUAUCCUACUUAUAAACAGUAUUAUCAAGAAGACAAAAUACAGUAUUAGAUAUAAUAUAAAUACAGUACUGAUUUCAGAUGAAAGACAUCUUCUGAUUAUCAUUGAGAUGAUUGAAAUUUCGAGUAAAUAGAUAACUAUUUUCUAUUGCAAUUUAGUAGUAUAGUAGGUAUUAUAAGAACUUGAAAUCAUGUCAACAUAUUUCGUUUCAGCUUCUACCAAAGAUUAUAGAAUAUUGUACUGUUGUAUAAUUAUACUAAACUUUCAAAUCUCUGUAAAAAUAUUAGAUAAAGCGAAUCCUCUACUUACGUCAAUAAUAUGCGAUUUACCCAAAGCCUAAUGUAUUUUUACAUGUAUUAUUGAACAGAUGCUGAUUUUAGAGUAGAUCUUAACUGAUAAGAGCCUUUUGUAUAUUUUCUGUAUAUAGUAUUAAAAUCGUGAUGAAUUAUAAAUAUUGAUCUCGCAUAAUCUCUUAAGAUGUUGACUCUAUCUGGAAAUUAAAUAAGUUAGCAUGUAUUGUAUGAAUUCAAUAUAGCAUUUAAAAUGAUGUGAAGACUAAAGUAGUGCUAUUCUAAAUAUUGUACAUAAUAUUGUGAGUUGGCCUAUAUUUUUAAAUAGAAAGAGGGUAAUGACCCAAAAUAGGAGGAUAACUCAGAAGAUAGUAAUAUGUUUCUUGAAUAUAUUGCUUAAAUGUUUUCAUGU